AUGAACGGCAGUUUCACGGCAUCUCCGGCGCUGACGAUGCUCCCCACUCUCAGCACGGAUCACCCCCUAAAGAGAACUGCUGAUGACCAGGGUCGUCAGCGUGACGGCGCCGGUGCCGGCACGCCGGACAACAAUACGCCGUCUGCUCACCGGCGCUCUCUCAUCGGCGUGCGCGGAAGUGUGCUUCCGGAAAAAAAAGGGGGUCUGCCCAAGACCGGCCACGUCGGGGUGUGCUACCACCAAAACGUGUACGUCUUCGGUGGGGUAAACAGCAAAGGGCAAUUCAGCAACCACGUCUUUUGCUACGAGAAGCGAACACUGCAAUGGCGCGAGAUUCGCGGUGUCGGCGUUGUGCCGCGCGGCCGUGCCAACCACGCCGCUGUUCUGAUUGGCAAUAAGAUUUACAUCCACGGUGGCCACCGCCACCUCGAGGUGUUCGACGACCUCUUCGCCUACGAGAUCGAGACAGGGCGGUGGGAGAAGAUUGGUUGCGAGCGGUCGCAGGGGCCGGGACCCAUAUUUUUGCAUAGUAUGGUAUACAUCCCCCCCUUAGACAGUCUCCUCGUCCUGGGCGGCAUUCAUCAACGCGAGCAAAACAGCUGCCUCGGGCACUUAUUGGAUGUUCGCAACCGCGUCUGGACCGGUGUGCCACCGCCGUCCUCUGUCGACGCGCAGCAUCUGCAACUGGUGACGGCCGCCUAUUAUGCCCCCUCGGCGGUGGUGGUGGUUUUGGGCUUGAUGGAUGCGGAUGUAAUGAAAGAGGACGCCGUCCCCACGCCACACGUGCACGUGUUCCAGCCAGCAACAUUUGUGUGGCGGCGGGUGGACACAAGCACUGCACCAAUGAGCCCGCUACCGUUUCGCAUGGAGGCGAUGUGGGAGUCGCUGCUGCAUCUCCUCAUCCCCGGCGGCGGCGGCGCGUACGACCCGCUCCUGGAGAGCUGGAUGUUUCCUCUUCCGUCGACCGAGACGGAUAGCCCUGUUGACGACAGUUCAGUGGAUCAGGGCCUCUCCACGCCGGGUUUGGGGCUGCCUCCCCUGCCGCUAAACAAGUACGGCUUUCUCGUGCUGGAUCUAAGAAGCAUGUCGUGGUCGCUGGUGUCGUGCAACCUAUCGCGCAAAUUGGUUGCAGAGCUGAAUGCAGUAAACCGAGUGACGCGGGAGAAGAUGGAGCGACUUGUUCUGCGCAACAAUGCGGCCACUGCUUCCAUCGCGCUGUCCGGGAACUCUUCGCAGAGCAAGUCGGCUGCGCAGCAGCCUGCAGAUAGCGGCGCUCUCUUGGGCAUGUCCAGCGCGUCCUUGACCUACGGCCCCAGCGGGGCCGCAUCCAGGCAUUCGUCGGUGUUCCGACUUCAGCCGCUGCAGUGGCCGCGGAACGAUUCCUCCUCCACGAAUGUGCUGUGGCCUCGUGCGUCUGGAAGUCGUCCCGCCAUGGCUUCCGGUUCCAACGAAGCCAAGAUGGCCGCCCUCCUCAGUUCGUCGCGGUACCGCCGCCUCUUCUUCCUCGAUGACGCACCCGAGUUCAUGCGCAAGUACACGCUCGUGGUGGUGCGCGAUGAACCGACCAAAUCGGGAAAGCUGCGACCUCUGCAGUAUGUCGUCUUACACGGUGGGCUGACGGAGCCGACGGACUACGCGAUGCUUAUGUUCGCACCGAUGCUUACUCGGUCGAACUCAAAUAGGGCAACGCCCACACGCGGAGCGGGGCUGAUGGCGCGCUCGAAUUCGUUUCGCAGACGGAGCACUGCAAGUGUCGGGAGCCGACGCGGAUCGGCAUACACCCAGAGCCACGGUGGAGAAGACGACGGCUACGGAGACGAUAGUUUUGACGACGUCGCGUCACUUGUGAGCAGCGGCACCUUGAUCGGAGCAUACUCGACGCAGAGGAACUAUCGCAGGACAGCGCCGCACGCACCUCUGAGUGACGCGGAAGCCCUGGUGCGCUCACGCGGCGGCAGGUACAGUGACGACGACGAGUCCGACACCGAUGUGGAGAAGCGGAUGAACAACGGCGGUGCGGCGCACAACUCAUUUCUGCUUCCGACUCUGCGGAGCGGGCGCACGCGGCACAAUUAUUACCGCUUCGCCCUCCAGUUUACGCCGGGUAAUAGCAUACAGAAGGAGUCACUGCUGCCGUACGCGAACAUACCUGUUGCGGUCUUGCAAACGCCGAAGGAUGUGCAGAAGUGGUCGCGCAACUACUACACCGAUCAGCGGCGGUGGCUCUCGGAGCGAAUGAAGGAGGCCCUGAUCGAGGACCGAAAGCUGAGGCGUCUUCGGCAGCUCAGCAAGGCGCAGGUGGCGUCGUCGUUUGGUGCCCAAGGCAACGCGACCCGGGCUGGCUCGGCAGGGUGCGACGACAGCAGCAGCAGCGAAUCGGAAUUCCUCAAUGAUGGUCUCUACCUGGCGGAGACUUUCAUCGGCGACCCUCGCACGCAUGGCGGCGCCAAGCUGUCCAGCUUGCACGCCUACGAGAAUCGCCUGGCGCUCGAUGCUGCUGAUGCCGCAUUGACGCAGGAGGAGGCCCCAAAGAGGCGGCUGCGCGACUUCUUCGAGGAGCACGGGUUCGACGUCUUUGAAGAGGCGGAUAUGCAGCAACUGCACGAGAGGAUGCAGUUGCGCACGGCGCUCGGCGGCAAAGGUGCGAAGCAGGAUCGGCGGCGGAAGGACCCCAGGCUGCAGGAGAGGGCCGUCGUUGCCGAGGGUGCGAGCGCGAAGGCAGCUAAGCGAUCGGAGACGUCACCGCUGGUACAAAAAUCUCCCGUCUCCGACGGUUUCAUGCCUUUGGCGUCUGAAGUGCAGAUAGCGGACUCAGGCUUUGAGCGAUUGCGCAUGAAGGGCUGGCAGGACGUGGGCAGAGAGCGAAUAGCAUCUGCCGUCCUUCAUGACUCCUUCAUCAGCGGGCUGACCGGGGGAACCACAGGCGACGAACUGGAUUUUAGGAAGCUUGCUGCCUACGCUCUGUUACGAAGGGCAGUAGCACGUCUCCGAGCAGAUGGCAAUCCCCACGAGAUGCGCUGGCGCCUAGCGCAGCUCCGUUGGCGCUAUCUCCGUACCCUCGUGUGCACCGGCGAGGCGGCCUACUUGCUCUACCUUGCAAGUCAAGCAGACUUCAGGAUGAAGGGCAUCAUGGUGACUGGCACGCAGGGCCUCAUGCUCGCCCCGGAGCUGCAUUUUCUCAGCCCGCUACAGGCCUACCGUGUUCCUUGCAAACCAGUCCCGUACAAUGUCGCGGCGGCAUCAGCACCACCACCGGCGUCAUCGUCACGGUUUGCGCAGGUAACGGCGAGUGGUAUGGUGGUGUACAACUCGCUGAAGUGA